AUGCUCAACGAUCUAGUCAGGUGGAAGUGGCUGUUUUCUUUUAUGCGAUACUCUGACUGGUGGAGAUUGCACCGGAAGACUGUUCACCAAUCUUUCAACCAUCCUCAAGUUCUACCAGAGUACUACGACAUUCAGAAGGAAAGAACCUCCUUAUUGAUACGGAAGCUAGCCACGUCACCGAAAGAUUUCUUUGAACAUGUCAGGGCGCAUUCUGGAGAAAUAGUCCUUGAAAUCGUGUACGGUUAUCGCACUCAAGAAGAUAUCGACAUGUACAUUAAGCUGGUCGACGGGGCGAUGGAGGGAUUGAAUGCAUCAGGUGUUUAUGGAACAUAUCUGGUCGACUAUUUUCCGAUACUAAAACACGUACCUGCCUGGUUUCCGGGUGCAAGAUUCAAAACCGAAGCUGAAAUGUGGGCUCGAAAUACAGAUCGAGCAGUCAACCUUCCAUGGGAACUCAUAAAAAAACUCAUAGACGAAGGAAGCGCCGUGCCCUGCUUCUGCACACGAAACCUGGAGAAAAUCAGAAAAACAGCCACUUCAAACGACAAUUUGGUCAUGGAUGAAGUCAUCAAGAACUGUGCCGCCACAUCUUUUCUUGGUAAAUGUCCAUUUGAUCAGGACGAAGGAAGCGCCGUGCCCUGCUUCUGCACACGAAACUUGGAGAAAUUCAGAAAAUCAGCUACUUCAAACAACAAUCUGGCCACGGAUGAAGUCAUCAAGAACUGUGCUGCCACAUCUUUUCUUGGCGGUGCCGAGACUACCGUGUCGGCUGUUCUGUCUUUUAUUCUAGCGAUGGUGUUGAAUCCUCGAAUUCAAGCACGAGCACAAAAAGAACUCGAUGAAAUCACUGGUUCCGCCAGGCUACCUGAGUUCGCUGACCGUGAAAAUUUGCCAUAUAUCCACGCCAUCCUUUUAGAGACUCUAAGAUGGAAUCCUGUCUUGCCACUCGGUUCUUCCGCUAUUCCUCAUCGUAGUGUGAAUGAUGACGUAUAUGAGGGAUAUCUCAUACCUGGGGGUUCAGCCAUCAUCGCUAAUGCCUGGGCCGUUUUACGCAACGAAUCUCUUUAUGGUCCCGACACAGCCAAUUUCAACCCAGACCGAUUCAUCAAACAGGACGGGAAAUCUCUUCCUCCCAAUCCCGAGUCCAUUGCAUUUGGGUUUGGCAGACAAAGCUGUCCUGGACGUCAAUUUGCCCUCAACUCAGUCUGGUUGACGAUCACCUACCUUCUCGCGAGUUUUACGAUAGCUAAAGAAAUUGAUAACGAAGGCAAAGAAAUCAAUCCAGUGGUCGAAUACAUGGUUGGGCUUACCAGGUUUGUGUCAUGUUUUCGAAUGGGACGUAAUUGCUGA